AAUAUUCAAAAAAUAGUCUAGAGUCUAUAAAUGACGACGACUGUUUCUAGAAAUCUAUCAUCAGUUCCCUACGUUCAGGAGAGACUCUUCAGCUAUGAAGCUCCUCUUAGUAUUGGCAUUGGUGGCAACAGCCCUAGCGGGUCAGAGGCGUUACGAUGGGUAUCAAGUGUUUGAGGUGAAUGCCAAAAACAAGGUGGCCCUCGAAGUCUUGACUAAGCUUUACAAUGAGAGAAGCGACGUUUACGAUUUCUGGACUGAACCUCGAAACAUCAACCGCGCCGUCGACAUUAUGGUUCCUCCAGCCUUUGCUUCCACCUUCACAAGUUUGAUGCAAGCGUUCGAUGUCGACUACAAAGUUAAAAUUGCUGAUGUUCAGAGCACAAUCGAAGAAGGCCGCAAAGAUAUUGCCAAGCCAGUCAUCCGCAAAGAGCCACGCCUUUCUCGCGAUGGAACUCCUCGCUAUUCGCUCAACUGGGAAACUUAUUCCGACCUUCCUGCCAUUGAAGAGUUUCUCACAGAAUUGGCCGCUGCCUACCCUAAUUUGAUGACACACUCCGUUGUUGGACAGAGCUACGAGGGUAACAACAUGAACUUUGUCAAGAUUUCAACAGGAGGAACCGGCAAAAAGGCCAUUUUCGUUGAUGGCGGUAUCCACGCUCGCGAAUGGAUUUCACCGGCCUACGUCACCUGGUUGAUCCGUGAGUUGGUUGAGAACUACGCCGCCCAUCCCCAAUAUGUUGACAACAUCGAUUGGUACAUCAUGCCAGUCAUCAAUCCCGAUGGAUACCGUCACACUUUUGCUGCCAACGGAGACCGCUUGUGGCGCAAAACCCGAGCGCCAAAUGCUGGCAGCCAAUGCAUCGGCACUGACAUGAACAGGAACUUUGGAUUCCACUGGGAUGAAGGAGGCAGUUCAGAUCUUCCUUGCGGAGAAACCUACAACGGAGGUGCUGCAUUCAGCGCCAUCGAAUCCCAAAUCGUCCGCGAUGCCAUUUUGAGCGUCGCUAGCCAAAGUGUAGUCUACUUGACUGUUCACUCUUACGGACAGUACUGGCUCACCCCAUGGGGCUACACUCCCGAAUACCCCGCUGAUUACCCUCAACUCUACGACUUGGCUGUUCGUGCUGUUGACAAACUCACCGCCGUCUAUGGAACACAGUACACCAUUGGUACCUCGACCAACGUGCUCUACAUCGCUUCCGGUGGCAGUGACGACUGGGCCAAGGGAGGAGCCGGAAUCCCCUAUUCUUACACCGUUGAAUUGCGCGACACUGGAAAAUUCGGAUUCGAGUUGCCCGCAACGUACCAAGUGUACGAAGUGACAGCCAAAAACAAGGCUUCCUUCGACGUCUUGGUGAAGCUCUACAACGAGAGAAGCGAUAUUUACGAUUUCUGGACCGAGCCACGCAAUGUUGAUUUCAAGACCGACGUCAUGGUCCCUCCUGCUUACACUAAAACGUUCGUCAAUUUGCUGGAAGUUUUCGGCAUGGAAUACCACAUCAAAAUCGCCGAUGUUCAAGAUGAGAUUGAACAAAGUCGAAAAGACAUUGCCCCACCUUUGGAAACAAGAAAAGGUUUGUCAAAAUCCUCGGGUGAUUCAAGAUAUUCGCUAGACUGGACUUCGUAUUCUGAUUUGCCGGCCAUUUACGAAUUUGUCAAUGAAAUGGCAGCGACUUACCCCAAUUUGGUGACCGUCACGAGCGCUGGGACGAGUUACGAGGGUAACGAUAUGCCUCUAGUAAAGAUUUCAACUGGAGGCAGCGGGGAAAAAAACGUCAUUUUUGCCGAGGGUGGAAUUCAUGCUCGUGAGUGGAUUGCACCGGCUUAUGUAACAUGGAUGAUUCGUGAGUUGGUAGAAAAUUAUGCGGCACAUCCCGAAUAUGUGGAUAACAUUGACUGGUACAUAAUGCCUAUUCUCAAUCCAGAUGGCUACACUUACACUUUCUCACCAACAGGGGACCGUUUAUGGCGAAAAAAUCGUGCUCCAAACCAGGGGAUUUGUGUCGGAACAGACUUAAAUAGGAAUUUUGACUUUCAAUGGAAUACUGGAGGAAGUUCUUCGCUUGAAUGUGGUGAGACCUACCACGGAGGAGCUCCUUUCAGCCAGGUGGAAGCCCGGAACGUUCGUGAUGCAAUUCUCAGUGUUGCAAACCGAACCAAAGUUUACUUUUCCUUCCACUCGUAUGGACAAUACUGGCUAACUCCAUGGGGUUACACUUCUGCUCUGCCCGAUGAUUACCAAGAUCUGUUCGACUUGGCUCAAAGCGCUGUUGAUAAAUUGACGGCGGUUGAAGGGACUCCUUACAAGAUCGGAUCUUCUACUAAUCUUUUGGGCUUGGCCUCUGGCUGUAGUGACGACUGGGCUAAGGGUGGUGCUGGAAUUAAGUACUCGUACACUGUUGAGAUGCGUGACAAAGGAACAUUUGGAUUUCAGCUUCCUGCAAAGUAAAUGUUUUCUACUAGAACAUCUAAACUAGCAAUUUUACAUUUACUAAAUGCUAUUCUCUCUCACGUCAGAUUCACAUUUCACAAUUUCUUAAUCGGUAGGACGAUUUUCCCUAUGCCAACAAUGUCAAAGUCGGGAUCAAUGUCACCAUUGGAAGAUCAGGACAAGCUUCUGGAUGAAGCUUUGAGUGUGGUAAAAGUCCAGGCUUUACAGAUGAAGCGCUGUUUGGAUAAACGUAAAUUGAUGGAUGCUCUCAAGCACGCAUCAACUAUGUUGGGGGAGUUACGUACAUCUUUACUCUCUCCCAAGUCAUACUACGAACUCUAUAUGGCUAUUUGUGAUGAACUUCAGCAUCUCGAAAUGUAUCUUCUUGAUGAGUUCCAGAACGGACGUAAAGUGGCUGAUUUGUAUGAACUAGUUCAGUAUGCUGGGAACAUCAUUCCACGCUUGUAUCUCCUGGUUACUGUUGGUGUUGUUUACAUCAAAACUAAUGAGCAAUCAAGACGUGAUAUUCUCAGAGAUCUGGUUGAAAUGUGCCGUGGGGUUCAACAUCCAUUGAGAGGUCUUUUCCUUCGAAACUACCUCUUACAGUGUACAAGAAACUUGCUUCCAGAUCUAGCAGAGAGUGAUCCUUUAGCCACAGAAUCAUAUGGCAAUGUACGAGAUGCUGUUGACUUUAUUCAACUUAACUUCUCGGAAAUGAAUAAACUUUGGGUCCGUAUGGCAUACCAAGGUCAUUCAAGAGAUAAGGAACGUCGAGAACGGGAGCGCCAGGAAUUAAGAUUGCUAGUUGGAACAAACCUUGUGCGACUGGCCCAGUUGGAUAGUGUUGAUGUUGAGCUUUACAAAAAGGUUGUCUUGCCUGGCAUUCUUGAGCAAGUAGUAAGCUGUCGCGACGCACUCGCACAGGAAUAUUUAAUGGAGUGCAUCAUUCAGGUGUUUCCAGAUGAAGUUCAUCUCGACACGCUCCACACCUAUUUGAAAGCUUGUGCAGAGUUACACACCGAUGUAAAAGUCCACGUAAUUCUUGUCGCAUUAGUCGAACGUUUGGCUGCCUAUGGACAGAGACAGCAAGCACUUGGCCAACCACCUAUUCCGCCUCAUAUCCCUCUUUUCGAUAUAUUCUCUGAUCAGAUCGGCAAUAUAGCUCAAGCGCGUCCAGAAAUGCCAUCAGAAAAUUUGGUUUCCCUGCAAGUUUCUCUCAUAAGCCUCGCCUUUCGUUGUUACCCCGAUCAAAUCAAUUUGGUGGAUAAAGUAUUGGAAUCUACUUUGGUUGCCCUAGACAAGAUUGCAGUGGAAAAGGUUGAUUUUGAUUCUUCGUUGGGCAAGGAACUCAACCGGUUGCUGCGAAUGCCCGUUAGUCAUUAUAAUAGCCUGGUCACUCUGCUGCAGUUGCCGCAUUUUGGUCAAGUUCUUCAAAGACUAGAUUUUAACGGACGGAAAUCAAUUGCUCUUCAUUUGGUUAACAACGCUCUCGACAAUGAAACACAUAUUACCACGCAAGAACAUGUUGAUGCUGUUCUUAACAUGCUUGCGCCGCUGAUUUGCGAUCAGCCCGACCAAGUGCUGGCUGGACAAGAUGCGGAAGAUUUCGCUGAAGAACAGAAUUUGAUGGCACGAUUGAUUCAUUUGUUAGCUGCGGAAGAAUCAGACCUUGAUCAACAAUAUCGAAUGCUUACUUCCGCAAGAAAGCAGUUUGGAGCGGGUGGAGCUAGACGUAUCCCAUUUACUCUCCCACCAUUAAUUUAUGAGGCUUUUAAACUGGCUAGAAAAUAUUUUGAUGUCCGACAAGAGGAUGAACUGUGGGAGAAAAAAUGCGAGAAAAUCUUCACCUUUUGUCAUCAAUGUAUUGCUGCCCUUGUUAAAGCUGAACUGGCUGAAUUGCCACUAAGACUUUUUCUCCAAGGAGCUCUUGCUGCUUCUCAAAUUAUCUUUGGAACCCACGAAACACUGGCUUACGAGUUUAUAUCACAGGCAUUCACUCUUUACGAAGAAGAAAUUUCAGACAGCAAAGCUCAGUUCGCCGCUUUGACAUUGAUGGCAGCUUCGUUAGAGAAACUUGAUUGUUUUAGUGAAGAAAACUCUGCACCUGUGCGAUCCAAGUGUGCCCUACUUGCAUCGGCACUUUUAAGAAAACCGGAUCAAUGUCGUGCUUUGAUUCUCGUGUCCAACCUAUUCUGGUCAUCCACUACCAAGGAACUGGAAGGCAAACCUAUGCGGGAUGGUAAAAAGGUACUGGAAUGUUUACGAAAAGCUGGGAAAGUUGCCACUGAAUGUCUAGAUCCUGGCGUGCAAGCCCAGUUGAUUGUGGAACUUGUUAAUGCUUAUGUCCAUUUCUUUCACCAAGGAAACCAGCAUAUUACGGUUACCCAUAUCAACGAGUUGAUCAGUAAAGUUCGACAAGAUCUAUUGCCACAACUGGAGAAUUCGGAUGAAAAAGAACUUAUCGAAAGACAUUUGGGAGCUAGUUGCGAGAUGCUUAGGCACCGACGGGACAACCCAUCCACUACCAGCGAUGCGCCUUCGUAUCAAGGAAUCGUAUUAGAUUAAAAAAUUAUUAAAUUUCUCAUAUAUAAAAAAAACCUUCCGUUUAAAUUUUUCCACCCGUUAAUAAUGAAAAAAUUAUGAAUUUUUCCUUAUAAUUUUCUAUUCUAUAUCCACGUCGUUCAUAUUCAUGCGCUAGAUGUCCUUCUCGAGUCUUUACAGUGCACGUGGUUUGGCUGGUUACUGUUUAGUCUUUAGUGUUGAAUCGUUCCCUGCUCCAUUAGUGUGGCUUUUUGGUUUAUCCUUGCUACUUCAAUCUCGCAGUAAAAUGGUAAAUACAAGAAGAAAAAGCCAAGUUUUACCAAUUGAUCCAUUAGCUGCGGAGCAAUCUGAUUCAUCGACGACAAGUGCGACCAGAAGAUCCACGAGACGUUCAGUCGGAAACGUACUAGCAACCCCCGUGGAAAUUCCCACGCCAACUAGAAGAUCAAGGCGCCUGUCAAAUUCCUCGGUAGAAUCAGCUAAUAAUGACACACCAAGACCAGGUACACGUCGUUCUUCCAGGAUUAACAAAACUGCUGGAAGUGACGCUGAAACAAGUGAUGUAGAAUUAGUUGUCAUUAAAAGGCGUAAGUUGGGGGAAGGUGUGGACACAUUAAUACCAAUCAGGGAAGAAAAAAAUGAAGAUCGUGCCAAUCCUUCUGAAGACAAGGAAAAGCACAUUUUGGUUGAACUCGAAGAAGAGAUUGAAGAUGAAAUAAAGAAAAAGAGCAAUGAAGUCGAAGAACUUAACAAAAGCAUUCAAGCUGAAGUUGAUGACAAGAUCAUUAAAACUGAAGUAGUUUGCAAAACUAUUGAAGCUGAAGUUGAUAGCAAAACCAUCAAAGUUGAAGUUGAAAGCAAGACCAACGAAGCUGAAAUUGAUAGUAAAUGUAAAGAAUCUGAAAUAGAAGUUGUACUUCCGAGUAAAGAAAUUGAAGAUAAAAUCAUCAGGCAAGAAUCACCUGUAAAAGCAAGUAAGGCUGAAGAGCUGAAGACUGAAGAUACUGAUAGUCAUGAAGACAAACUGGUAAACAUCAAGUUGGAUGAAGUUGACAAUAGCAGUUUGAAAUCUGAAAUUGCCAUUGAAAUCAUUGAAGCUUGUAAGGAAAACUCACAUUCCAGUGAGGAAAAUCAUGAAAAAUAUUUCACUCCAGUAUCCACUCCAACAAACUUGAUUGAAGUUGAAGAUGCUACUAAGCAAACUGAGAAGAUGGAUUGCUCAACAAGUGAAGAGCAGCAACCUUUGACAACAGCUGAGGUUGCAUCUCCAAAAAGCCGUGAUGGGGAACAGCAGCAAGAAGAAAAUAAAUGCCUACAGAGUCCACUUAAAGAAACCAAUGUAAAAGCUGAUUCACCUGUAAAGUCUGAUGUUGAGAAGCCUCGUAUGUUGUUUGGUGUUCCAGUAGAAAAAAUCACAAUUGGUACAACAUUAAAUAUGAAAAAAAUUGG